UCUUUUGUUUUACUUCUUUAAGUAUUACUUAGCCAUCAUGAAUACCUUAGAACGAUUUUUCUUCAAGCUGCUGCUAUUCUUCGUUCAUUCUCCAGCAAAGGAAGCUUGUGCUGAAUUUUUUGGCACUUUGGUUUUAGUACUUCUUGGAGAUGGUAUUAUGGCUACUGUUACUCUUGGUCACCUUGGUGCUCAUGGUGUUAUUGUUUCUGCCAUCGGAUGGGGUGUGAGUGUUACCAUAGCAGUUGCUCUAGCUGGAACUAUUUCAGGUGGCCAUGUAAAUCCUGCCGUUACCAUUGCUUUGGCUACAAUGAGGAAAUGCCCAUGGAAGUAUGUAGUUCAUUACCUGGUUGCUCAGUACCUGGGAGGUUUCAUAGCUGCUGCAUUUGUCUACAUUGUCUACUAUGAUGCUAUUAAUGAAUUUGAUAAUGGCCACAGACAACUGCCACCACAUCCCAACUCUACUGCUCAAAUAUUUUCUACAUAUCCCCAAGAUUUUGUAUCCAUUGGUUCUUGCUUCCUGGAUCAGGUCAUCGGAACAGCCAUGCUUCUGAUCGUCAUUUGCACAGCAAUAGAUCAACGUUAUAAGAAAGUUCCAUCCCAUUAUCAGCCAACUAUUGUUGGACUAGGAUUGAUGGCUAUAAUCCUAGCCUUCGGCUAUAAUUGUGGAGCUCCUUUGAACCCAGCUCGAGAUCUUGGUCCACGCAUCUUUACUCUUCUAGCUGGUUGGGGAACGGAAACGUUCAGUUUUAGAAACCAUAUGUGGUUCUGGGUUCCAGUUCUUGGUCCUCAUGUUGGUGCUCUUCUUGGAGUCUUGUUUUACAGCUUCUUUAUUGAUCUAACUUUUGCAAACUAUACAAUGAUGUCGAGUGAGGCGGAGGAGGAUGAAAAACUAGUGCAGAGCUCGGAGCACGAAGAUCAAAAUAUUUCUACAGAAGUGUGCGUAGAGGACCCUUCCUUGCAAAUCAACAUUGGUGCCAAUUAAAUAUCUUGUAAAAUCUUCAGUUUCUUUAUUGUUUCAUGGAUUUCUCAAGUUAACCAAGUUCCCAAGCCAUGAAAAGGCAGUAAUUCUCCAGUGAAAUAUGAAGCCCCUCCUCAAACACUGUGUAACUGCACUUAUACACGAAUUGAUUUGCCUCUCGCUAUUUUCAGCAACUUCAUGAAGUAAAGCAAGAAGACAGUCUAAAUUUCUUGUAAAAUUACAUGGCUUUUCUAUUUUGAUAUUGUACAAGAUAACUGUUGAAUGAGUUUUUUUUAAAAAUUGUUUUAAUAAUUUUAUUAAAUUGUUUUGAAGUCUA